ACGCAAGACGGCUGCCGUACGCCUAGAUCGCUUCGGACCUAGGUGCUCAUCCGGGUGCAGCGGCACCCAUGCUUCUCAAGAGCCCUGCUACUUGCCAGGGUUGCAGAGUUGUCAGGAAGCCUUCUCUUUGUUACUAGUUGCAUAGUUUCUUGUACCUAAGGGCAUUUACCGCUAAACAUGUCGGCGGCGCUGGGCUCCACCGGGCCCCGCGUAGUCUCAGCCCGGGCGGCACCGCUAAGCCGGCGUGCUGUUCUCUGGCCAACAGGGCGCGCUCGCGUGGUGGUCCGUGCGGAGGUUAAGCGGCCUGAGUACAUCCCAAACCGCAUUGAUGACCCCCACUACGUGCGAAUCUUCGACACCACCCUCCGUGAUGGCGAGCAGUCCCCCGGCGCCACCCUUACCUCAAAGGAGAAACUCGACAUCGCGAGGCAGCUCGCCAAACUGGGGGUCGACAUCAUCGAAGCGGGCUUCCCUGUCGCGUCGCCCGAUGACUUUGAGGCCGUCCGCACAAUCGCCAUGGAGGUCGGAAACGAGGUUCAGCCGGAUGGAUACGUGCCUGUGAUUUGCGGCCUGUCCAGGACGAAGUUUCAGGAUCUGGAGCGCGCUUGGGAUGCCGUACGACACGCCAAGCGCCCGCGUGUGCAUACCUUUAUCGCAACGUCAGACAUCCACAUGCAGUACAAGCUGCGCAUGACGCCGGACGAGGUGGUUGAGUCGGCGGUUGCUGCCGUGCGGCACCUGCGAUCGUUGGGCUGUAACGACAUUGAGUUCAGCCCGGAGGACGCCGGCCGCUCGGACCCCGUGUUCCUCUACCACAUUUUGGGCGAAGUCAUCAAGGCGGGCGCGACCACGCUCAACAUCCCGGAUACCACUGGUUGGAACCUCCCGCACGAGUUUGGCGGCCUGAUUGCGGCCAUCCGUGCAAACACGCCGGGCGCGGAGAACGUAAUUAUCUCUACACACUGCCAGAAUGAUUUGGGUUUAGCUACUGCCAACUCUCUGGCGGGAGCGGCAGCGGGCGCCCGGCAGAUUGAGUGCACAAUCAACGGUAUCGGCGAGCGGGCGGGGAACGCUUCGCUGGAGGAGGUUGUCAUGGCUAUCAAGCUGCGCGGUGAGGCCCAGAUGGGCGGCCUGCGCACCGGCAUCCGGCCGGUGCACAUCUACCCGACCUCCAAGAUGGUAUCUGACUACAGCGGCAUGAUUGUGCAGCCGCACAAGGCCAUCGUGGGAGCCAACGCCUUCGCGCACGAGAGUGGCAUCCACCAGGACGGCAUGCUCAAGAACAGGGAGACGUACGAGAUUAUGACCCCCGAGUCGAUUGGUUUGCCGCGUCAGGAGCAGGACCGCGGUAUCGUGUUGGGCAAGCACAGCGGCCGCAGCGCCCUGAGCUCCCGCCUGCGCUCGCUGGGCUACGAGCUGAGCGGCUCGGAGCUGGACGACGUGUUUAAGCGCUUCAAGGCCCUGGCUGACAAGAAGAAGCGCAUCACGGACGAGGACAUCCUGGCACUGAUGAGCGACGAACUGCACCAGCCCAAGGUCAUCUGGGAGCUGCUCGACCUGCAGGUUGUGUGCGGCACCAUGGGCAUGCCCACUGCAACGGUGCAGAUGCAGGGACCGGACGGCAUUGCGCGGAUCGGUGUGGGCGUGGGCACGGGCCCGGUGGACGCUGCCUACAAGGCUGUGGACAGCCUGGUCCGUGUGGAGGCGGAGUUGGUGGACUACUCCGUGUCCAGUGUGACUCAGGGCAUUGAGGCACUGGCGCACACGCGUGUCAUGAUCCGGCCCGCCGGCAAGAUGAGCGACCAAGGAUACAGCGAGCAUGCGGCGCUGGGAACCGUGCAGCGGCAAUUCUCGGGCUCGGGCGCCAAUGAGGACAUUGUCGUGGCCAGCGCCCGCGCCUACAUCCACGCGCUCAACAAGAUGAUUGGCUGGGUGAGUGUGGCGCAGAAGGUUACGCCGCGGGGCAGCAAGUCGGGGGUGGCGGGGACCAGCAUGGCCAGCAUGGAUGCGGUGGGCAAGGAAGCGGCAGCGUCAGCUGUAGCUGCCUCCUCACCUUGAAGGGUGCAGCUCUUGUCUGCGCAGAAUAUAAAUGAUGUUAUACACAUUGUUUGGUAUUUUUUAGGUUUUGGGAGAAGUGGAAAAUGCAAAUAAGGCAGGAGGGAGAGUGUGUGAGGCAGGGCAGAUAGGGGUUUAGGGGAAAGGGCAGGCAUGUGCGGGGCAAGAGUGAGGUGCAAUGUUGGUAAUACGAGGUUUUGCCCCGCUCCUGUGUCAGUUUGGGUCGUCCUAGAGGGGCGUUAGUAACAGGCGUUUGCCAUCGGUUUCCCUGGGAUCAGUCCCGGGGAAUUGUUCGUCCGUUGGGCCGUUGGUCUGUCCGGCAGCUUGAGCCGGCGGGUGACGCGGUCGUAGCACUCGGCUGCCACAGACAGCUCAAAGCCGAUGACCACGCGCUCGAGCAGCUUGACUACAUCCAUUUCUUCCAUACUGAGUUCCGUACGCGAGUGCUGUGCCAGGGCAGGAGUGAAGCCCUAGGCGGUGUUGUCUUACGUUACCUAGGCAACGCCUAUCUAAGACUACAGCCCGAGCGCAAGGGCUACUGGUAGCGGAGCGCAACGCUGCCCAGCGCUGUGUAACUACCCCAGAGUUACUCCACUAUUUCUCACAGAAUCCCCCGCUGUAAACGCGUACAACUGGUA